AGAAGGGGUGCGGCCACAGGACUGACAAGUGGCACACAGUCAGGUGUUGGUCCAUAGUGUGUCUGUGGGCCGCAGUGUGAGUGUGAGUUUGACAUGCAAACACCAGGCAGAGAUUUUACCCAUCAGAGUGGUCACAGCUUCUCAGUAGACAUGGUGGACACCCAGCAACUCCUAGCUUGGCCUGUUGGUUUCAGUCUGAGCACAGUGGAUCUGCCAGAGUUGGACGACAGCUCCCACUCCCUCGACAUGAAGCAUUUGUCCACGUUAGACUACGCCUCCAUUUCCUCCUCGUCCAUCCCUUCCUCUCUGUCUCCUCCGUCGCUUAUGUCCUCCAUGUCCUCCGCUGCUUUGGCCUAUGACCUCAGUCCACCGCAGAGUGAAGAGCACCUGACGAACAUGGACUACACAAACAUGCACAGCUACAGGACAGAGCCGGACACACACAAUUCAAUCAAGCUGGAACCAGAGUCACCUCCACAGUACUCUGACAGUCCUGUGUUCUCCAAGCUCCAGGACGAUACAACAUCGACAUCGCUAAACAUCGAGUGCCGUGUAUGUGGAGACAAAGCCUCAGGGUUUCACUAUGGCGUCCAUGCCUGUGAGGGCUGUAAGGGUUUCUUCAGACGCACAAUCAGGUUAAAGUUGGUGUAUGAUCACUGCGAUCUUCACUGUCGAAUUCACAAAAAGUCCCGCAACAAAUGCCAAUACUGUCGUUUCCAGAAGUGCCUCAAUGUCGGCAUGUCGCACAACGCCAUUCGUUUUGGCCGCAUGCCCCAGGCGGAGAAGGAGAAACUGCUGGCCGAGUUCUCAUCCGACAUGGAGCACAUGCACCCGGAGGCAGCAGAUCUGAGGUCUCUGGCACGGCAUCUGUACGAGGCCUAUCUGAAAAACUUCUACCUCACCAAGGCCAAGGCCAGGGCCAUCCUCUCUGGGAAGACUGGAGACAACGUGCCUUUUGUCAUCCAUGACAUGAAGUCUCUAGUGGAAGGCGAGCAGUUCAUCAACUGCAGGCAGUUACCUAUACAGGAGCAGCAGCUGCAGACCCCGACCAUUAUGGACGGACAUGGAGCCCUCCAAGUUUACCACCAACACGCCUCUCACCCAAUGACAGGGAUCUCAGCAGUUCACUCAGGUUCAGAUUGCGGUGUUUUGGGAAUGACGGGCAUCAGCGAACAGGGACCGUCGGAUGCUGUGGAGCUGCGAUUCUUCAACAGCUGCCAGUCACGCUCAGCAGAAUCAGUGAGAGAAGUGACAGAGUUUGCCAAGAGUAUCCCAGGAUUCAUUAAUCUGGAUCUCAAUGAUCAGGUAACUUUGCUGAAGUACGGCGUGAUUGAGGUCUUGAUCAUCAUGAUGGCGCCUCUGAUGAACAAAGAUGGGACCCUGAUCUCCUACGGACAGAUUUUUAUGACUCGAGAGUUCCUCAAGAGUCUCAGGAAACCUUUCUGUCAAAUGAUGGAGCCAAAGUUUGAGUUCUCUGUCAAGUUUAACGUGCUGGAGCUGGACGACAGUGACAUGGCGCUGUUUCUGGCUGUUAUCAUCCUCAGUGGAGACCGCCCAGGCCUGCUGAAUGUAAAGCCCAUCGAGCAGCUUCAGGAGACGGUGCUUCACUCGCUGGAGCUGCAGCUGAAGCUGAACCACCCAGACUCUCUGCAGCUGUUUGCCAAGCUGCUGCAGAAGAUGACGGACCUGCGUCAGUUAGUCUCCGAUCACGUCCACCUCAUGCAGCUGCUGAAGAAGACAGAGCUAGACAUGUGCUUACACCCACUGCUGCAGGAGAUCAUGAAGGACUUGUAUUAGAAUUCAACAAGGAGCAGAGGAUAAGUGCAGAAAAGUGCAAGAAAAAUGAAAAGAAAGAGAAAAUGGAGAUUUUCUUUUUGAAAUCAUGAGUUGAGGUGAAACUCUGUGUCGCUUGUGUGUUGAAAAAAAAUGGGCAGACAGACUGACUGACUGAAAUUGAGAAAGAGAUGGGGAAGAACAGGAAAAGAGAAAUCAAGGAAAGAAAUACAGAAUCUGAGUGUUAGAUCUUGUCUAGACAGCCUGCAUGUGAAUAACUUGUGGUGCACAGUCAUUUAGCCACUGCUGAGCCUGGACAUUUUAUGAGUCGGCUGCCAACUUAAAUACGAAACUACCACCUAUUGCACCAAUCAAGAAGAGCGUCUGUGACUAACUGACAGAGAAGGGACUUUCUUAUUGGCAGGCUCAAGUGUAAAAUUGUGAACGUUCAACACAGGCGGCUUCAAGUGCCUUAAGGAGAAAUGUUUUACUGUGAAUAUUUUACACCACGUCUCGCACAGUAGAGUAAGUGUUGUUCAUGUGCAGCUUAUGUAUACGUCACGUUACAACCGUCAUAGGCAGCAGCAGUGUGUACGUGCUUCAAUACCUCCGCGAACACGCACAAAUGCAUGAAUGCUCUCACACACACACACACGUGAAGCAAUGCACAGACAGUGCAUUUUCUGUUUUGGCAUCAGGGUGAAGGUGCUAUCUUCUUUUUUAAUCAGCUUAUUCCAAAAACAGAAAUCAGAUUAUUGCCGGUAACAUAUUUUAGUCUCGGACGCCUGCAGAAACUGUGAGAAAGUGUGGAGCCAACGAAAGGUUUGUCGAUAAAUAAAACUGUAAAUGUCAUACUGUGCCUUUGAGAUUCAUUGUUGAGCUUUUCUCUGUGGAAUGAAUACCGUUUCAAAAACAUCCUGUAUAUUAUACAUAUAAAGUGCAUGAUAUAUUUUCACUUGUAUUGUUGUUGCAAUUGGCUUUUCAGCCUCAGCUUUAUUUCAAAUUCUGAAAAACUGGUUCAGUAAUAAUUUUUGCUAUGAAAUUAUUUUGUAUCUAUGCACAGUGUCUACUAUGUCUGAUCCAUCAGAUAUUGUCAUUUUCAGGGAUGGGGGGUGAGCAGACAAACAGACUGGAUUGAUACUGUUGAGGGAAAAUAAGAAAUUCUUUGUAAAUAAAAUAUUUUCUAACUUUUUACUUGA